GCGCUGUAGUUCAAAAGUUUUAAAAUUGUUUCAAAGUGUAUGAAGCACAUAAACUAGAAGAUUUUUAUCUCUUCGCUAUGUAGAGCGAAGGAAACAUCUGAUAUUAGCAACAUAUAAUAAAGAAAAACAGUGCCAUUAUGGUUCAUUGUGGAUUUGUCGCCGUUCAUCUAGGGGCAGGCUGUCAUAGCUCGAAGUCUGAAGCCUUAUACAAAAAACUAUGCAAAAUCACGUGUGAGAAGGCAUGACUUACUAUUUUUCAUACUUAUUAGAAUUCAUCGUGUGAUCUUAUGUAGUUUUCUCAGGGAACUGCUGCGCUGCAAGAAGGCAAAUCAGCUCUUGAUGCUGCAUGUGAAAUGGUUUGCAUGCUAGAAGAUUCACCUCUGACUAAUGCAGGAUUUGGCUCCAAUCUCAAUGAAAAUGGAGAUGUUGAAUGUGAUGCAGGAAUUAUGCUCUCUUUGAAAGAAGGGAAAAACACAAGAUUUGGCGGAGUUUCAUCACUUGCAAGUAUUAAAAAUCCUGUUUUAGUAGCAAGGGAAAUGAUUUUGUACCAAGAUGAGCCAAGAUUGCUUGGUAGAACACCUCCACUUAUUCUGGUUGGUGAAGGGGCCUCAUGCUUUGCCAAGGAACGAGGACUGAAGCUUGUCCACAACAAAACACUAAAAUCUGAAAGAGCCAUAAAAAAAUAUAAGAAAUACAAGGAACGUUUGGAAAUAUCCAGAAAAGCUUUGUCCAGUGGUCUCAAAAUCACAAUCCAACCGAAUCCAAGUCAAGAUACUGUAGGGGUAAUUUGCAUAGAUAAAAAUGGUGACAUCGCAAGCGCCGCUAGUUCAGGUGGAAUUGCCCUGAAACUUCCUGGCAGGAUAGGACAGGUGCCAGUUUACGGCUGUGGUUGCUGGGCGCAGCACUCGAAAUCCGCUGGCGUUGCUGUGUCGACCUCAGGUUGUGGGGAGCAACUCAUUCAGACGACCUUGGCAAAAACGCUUGGACAAACCAUAUUAGACCGUGGAGAUCCAGCUUUCCAUUUGAAAGAGCUCAUGUGCAACCAGUUCAUCCAUUCGCAGAUGUUAUCUGAUGAUUCGUACGAUCGAAUGGGUGGAGUUUUAGUUGCCUAUUACAACGAGGACUCAGUCGAUUUUAAUAUGGCUUUCACUACAGAUUCCAUGGUUGUUGGUUUUAUGACCACCGACUACGAAAAGGCCACUGUCCGCGUAUCCAGAAAUACAUCAUCAGUUACACCAUCAACCAACAGUAAUGAUUCACUUCAGUCUACAAGAUUGACUAUGGAAGGCUUUAUUGUGAAACUAAUAAAUCAAUAACAAUAACACAUUA